UUUAAAGAUUUGUUUGUCAAUUUUUUCGAGUUCUCGAGCAGGUGUUUUUCAGUUAAUUUUUUUUUGUAAAGCAUGGUUUAGACCAGAAUACUCUAGUUUUAUCACAAGGAACGAUUAAAAUGUUUAUAGAGGACAUCAGGAAUGACUUCUACAACGUUCUUUUGGGAAACCGAGUGCUGCUACUAGUUCACUACGACGUAGAUGCGGUAUGUGCUUGUAAGAUUCUACAGGAUUUAUUCAAAUGUGACAACAUCUCGUACACGCUAGUCCCAGUUGGUGGCAUUUCGGAGUUGAAGAGUGCUUACGAUGAAAACAAUGAGGAAGUGAAGUACGUCGUGCUAGUGAACUGCGGCGGGACCGUAGACUUGGUGGACAUCUUGCAGCCAGAGGAGCAUGUUGUGUUCUUUGUGUUGGACUCACAUAAGCCAACCGAUAUCUGUAAUGUGUAUAGCGAUGGCCAGGUGAGACUGGUGUACAAGGAUGAAGAGGAAAACAUUCCUAACUUUGAUGACAUCUUCAGAGAUGAUGAGGAAGAUGAAAACUCCGAGGAAUCGGAGGCCCGGCACGGUCUGGAGGCGGUGGUGGAGCGGCGCCGCGCGCGCAAGGCGUGGGAGGAGCGGCGCCAUACCCUCAUGUUCAACUACACGCAGUUUUCCUACCACGGGAAACCUAGCGCGUGCGUGGCGCUGGAGCUAGCGGCGCGCGCGUCCCGCUGCACCGCGGCGGCGCUGUGGGCGGCGGCCGUGGCCACGGCGGCGCACGCGGCCUUGCACUGCCGCUCGCCCGCGCGCUGCCUGCUGGACGCAGAGCCGCUGCACCGCUACGUGGCCGCGGCGCAGCGCAACACGCCAGACGACGACGCGCACCAGGGCGCGCGCGUGGUGGUGCAGAAGGACGCGUGGCUGCCGCUGUACCGCUGGUGGUCGCUGGAGGCCGCCAUCAGCCACGCGGCCGCGCUGGCGCCGCACCUGCGCCUGCACGCGCGCUCGGGCGCCGCGCGCCUGCGCCAGCUGCUGGCCGACAUGGGCUUCCCGCUGCAGCAGGCGCGGCAGGCCUACGGCGCCAUGGACGUGGAGCUGCGGCGCGCGCUGCUGCCGGCGCUGGAGGCGGCCGCGCCGCGCCUGCGCCUGCCCGCGCCCACGCGCGCCGCCUUCCUGCUGCGCCGCGCGCACGCGCCCGCGCUGGCCGCGCUCGACGCCGUGUACGCGCUCAUGGGCCUCAUCGAGAACGAGGAGACGCCGCGCGCGGAGGGCUUCCAGCAGGCGCUGGGCGCGCUGGCGACGGACGGCGAGCUCGAGCCGCUGCGGCGCGGCGUGGCGGCGGCGCGCCGCAGUCUGGAGGCCGUGGCGCGCGCGGUGCACGGCACGCUGGCGGCGCGCGCCGUCAUGCUGGCCGGCCCCUUCAACUACUUCAUCGUGCAGGAGGGCUCCCCGGAGGCGGCGGCGCUGCGCGGGCCGCUGUGGCUGGCGGAGGCGGCGCGCUGGGUGGGCGCCGCGCACGCGCACGCGCCGCGCCCGCUGCUCGCCAGCGCGCCCGCGCCGCACGGCCGCUGUCUGCUGCUAGGCCUGCCGCCGCGCUUCGACCAAGAGCCGCGCAACCUCUUCGGCGCCGCGUUCGAGCAGGCGGCGGCCAAGAGCGGCGCGUCCGUGUCGCUGGACUUCGUGGACUCUUCCAUCAUCAGUUUGCCGACCUCGCAGCGCGCACAGUUCCUGGACGCACUCACGGCGCUGCUGGCGUGAGGAGACCGGACCGGGCCGUGCCGAGGCCAGCACGCUCUACACACCACACUUAUAAUGUCAUACCCUCACUGCUGAAAUUUGGGCAUUGCAAUUUGAGCUUUAUAUAUCGUGGUCAACCCAUUACCGGCCCACUACAGCGCACGACAGCGUAAACGUCACUUUUGUAUUUUAAUUUUAUGCAAAAGCAGUGAUCGCGAGAUUUACGCCUGUAGUGACAUAUCACCCAGACUCCAGAGGGUCUCAUUCCAUAACUCCACGCUGGCCAAUUGCGUAUUGAUGGACUGAACACGCCUUUGAGAAGAUUAUAGAGAACUCUCAGUCAUGCAGGUUUCUUCGCGAUGUUUUAAAGCAAGUUAUAUUUUAGUUCAUUUAAACGCUCAAAACUUAUUAAAGUUAGAGAUAUGUGCUAGGAUUCAAGCUCAAGCCCCCGAAGCAAUGCCGAAGUCCACCUGUUGUGCCAGUAAUAUUAAUCGAGAGGACCACUACACACACGUUUCAUACACUUUAUGGCGCACUAACGCGGGUAAAUAAGUCGUAUUUUUUGUUAGAACGGUGUAAAAAUACGAAUGUUCCUGUGAACCACCUUUGGGAAUUUGAUGUUUUUCCUGGAACUUCAAUGUCUGACGAUUAUAAAUAGAAAAUAAUAUACAUUGAUGAGUUCAACAAAUCAAACAAUGAAGUUGAGUCAGUAUUCCCUUGUUAAAAAAUAUAACAUCACAUAAUGUGUGCCUUCUAGAGUUCUUCUGUCCAAAUCAUAUUGUUAAGGUAGGUUAAAUAUGAAUUGUUAUACUUAUUUUUAAUGUUGCUAUUUAAUAGACCCGAUACUCAUAUCAUAUUGAAAUCAUAACUACACAAGAAAUUACGUUUGUGACGUCGAAUUUUAUAUAUUUUUAUUACGUCCGAAAUUAAUAUAAUCAAUCCAGAAUCUUAACUGAAUUUGGGUAUUGCUAUUCUUUCCCUACUCCUGUAGAUAAGGAGAGAAAAAAAAAUUUGGAACUUAGCGCGACUUGCCACAAUUGCAGUUAUGAGUAUAUUACAAUUUGAAAGUAACAUAACCCACCACGCCGUAUCCCAGGCUAUUCAGGCAUACUAUUCGUUGGCAAUUCUCACUUCCAUCGUUUACAACUUACGCUUUCGUAUUAUGGUAGUUAAAUAUUAAGCAACCUGUUACUGAAAAAGGACUCAUAUUCGGUAGGGCUAAGUGAUCACUAGAAACUAAAUAAUUAAUUAAAUCGCAAUUAUUUUUUUAAGAUCUUGUGUCAAUAAAUAUUAGACAAUUACGAAGUCUGGUGUCCAUAUUAGUUGUAUUGUUUUGAUUGUGAAGUAAAAUAAUAAAGAAUUAUUGUAAUGUAGGUUAAUUAUUAUCAAUUAGAUGGAUUUAUUGUGUAAGCCUUUAAUUAAUUAUUAUUUAUUGACAUGUGCAUGGAAUAAGAGUAUGGAAUAAAAUGUACUUUAAGAAUUUGUAAUAUCUUUUUAUGAAACUUUUGUAACAUAAGUUACGCCCUGCAGUUUCGCCCCAAUUGAAAUUACCUUCCUCCAAUAAUUUUUAAAAAUAAAAUUUAAAAU